AUGGACGACGGUUGCUACGUUGCGCCGCAAGUGCUCUUCAGCCAGUCCGCGGGUAACACCAAUCGACCACAGGAGCAGCCACCAAACGUGACAAACACUGCUCUCCGAGACCACUUUAUGCGUCUAAUACAGGCCGAUAGAGAGGACAAGGAAAAGCUCCUGGCAGCACGUCGAGAAUGGGAAUCUAGAAACGCCGCUGCCGAAGCGAAUACCGAUGAUAUAGGUGAUGACAAACCUGAAGACGAUGCGGAAUGGGACUCCGCGCUGUGGAACCAGAACCUGCAUUGA